AUGUCUGAGGAGCAAUCUCACCUGCGUCACCAGUGUUGUAGCGCUAGCACUUUGUGGUGGCACCGUCUAAUUACGCCCAUUGCAUUCCCCAAGGAGGGCAUAACUUUGGAGAAUGAACCAGAGGAGGAUGUGACAAUUAAUGAGCGAUCACCACACCAAUUAAAACCUCAAGCGGUGCCAAAGGAACUUACAAUUAUAGCACGCAUGCGGCGCCUAAAGUUCUGCCUCAAGACGUACUUUGCCCUUAACAGAACUAUCUACGAGCAGCUGAAGGGCACGCCUAUGGGUUCACCCAUUUCCGGCCUCAUAGCAGAGGCGGUCUUGCAACAGUUGGAGUCGCUGGUUUUCCGACAACACGAACCAAAUUUCUAG